AUGGUUCGUUUGGGCCUGUUGCUAGAGUCUGAGAAGAAGCUCGACUUCGUGUUGGGCCUGACGACGGCCAAGAUCAUGGAGCGCCGGCUGCAGACCAAGGUCUUCAAGCUAGGCCUCGCCAAGUCCAUCCACCAUGCACGCACGCUGAUCCGCCAGCGCCACAUUCGUGUGGGCAAGCAGAUCUGCGACAUCCCGUCGUUCCUGGUGCGCCUGGACAGUGAGAAGCACAUUGACUUUGCCCUGACCUCACCCUUCGGCGGCGGCCGCCCAGGCCGCGUUCGCCGCAAGAUGAUGGCCUCCAAGGGUGGUGGCGGCGGCGGUGAUGACGAGGAGGACUGA